UCCCAGGUUAUUCUCAAGGACCUUGAAGUUUUGGCAGAGAUUGCCUCCUCCCCAGCUGGCCAGAUGGAAGACCGAGGGCUGCAGGAGGGCCCUGGGCUCCGGUUGGAGCAACUGGACCUGCCUGUGCACACUUCGGCCAAAAGUAGCCAAGCUGUCUCCUCCUCUGGAGCUAAGAGCAUGGGGUGCUCUCCCUCUACCCCCACCAUGAAUUCCUACUUCUACCAGUUCAUGAUCAACUUGCUCAAGAGGUUUAGCAGUGAGCGGAAGCUGCUGGAGACCCGGGGAGCUUUCAUCAUCAGGCAGCUCUGCCUCCUCUUGAACGCAGAGAACAUCUUCCACUCCAUGGCAGACAUCCUCCUGCGGGAAGAGGACCUCCGCUUCGCUUCCACCAUGGUCCACACCCUCAAUACCAUCCUCCUGACGUCUUCCGAGCUCUUCCAGCUGAGGAACCAACUCAAAGAUCUGAAGACCCUGGAAAGCCGCAACCUCUUCUGCUGUCUCUACCGCUCCUGGUGUCACAAUCCAGUCACCACCGUCUCCCUGUGCUUCCUCACUCAGAAUUACAAGCACGCCUACGACCUCAUCCAGAAGUUUGGAGACCUGGAGGUUACGGUCGAUUUCCUGAUUGAGGUUGACAAACUGGUCCAGUUGAUCGAGUGCCCGAUCUUUACCUAUCUCCGCCUGCAGCUGCUGGACGUGAAAAACAACCCAUACCUCCUCAAGGCUCUCUACGGGCUGCUGAUGCUUCUGCCCCAGAGCAACGCUUUCCAGCUCCUUUCCCACCGGCUGCAGUGCGUCCCGAACCCAGAACUCAUGCAAACAGUGGACCCUGCUAAGGCCGGCCAGGCCGCCAAGAAGACGGCCGCCAGCCCCGCUAUCGACUACGCGGAGCUGCUGCAGCACUUCGAGAGGGUCCAGGGCAAACACCUCCAGGGCCGCCACCAACGGGCCGUGCGGGCGGGGGAGCCGCCGGAGCGCCGGGGGGCGGCCGCCUUCUGACGGUCCUCGCGAGGACGGGCCCCCUCUACUCCCCACGGACUCGCCGGACCGGGGCCUUUCUUCGGCCGACCGCAUCGGAGUGCCGAGCCCGGACUUUGGGGGGAGGGGCGCCGCCGCUGCCCCCUCGCCGUGCGCGCUGGUCCGCGUGUUUGUCGCCGGCCCCGGAGGUCUCCCCGCGGGCGCUCCGGCGUCGCCCGCGAGUCCUGUGUCCCGUUGCUUGAAUAAAGAGAUUUAAAAUAAA